AUGGCGAAAACCUGGCUAAUUACAGGCUCUUCCUCGGGCUUUGGGCUCUCGCUGGCCAGGUAUCUGCUUGCACACGGUCAGAAUGUCAUCGCGACCUCUCGCAACCCGAGCAAGACCCCAGAUCUGGUCAGAGAAAUACAGUCAAACACUCGUGGCCGCUGGGUGACCUUGGACGUUACUUCACCUGGCCAGAAGGUUGCCAAGGUCAUCGAAGAUGCGUGGAAGGAGUUCGACGGCAUUGAUGUCCUCAUAAACAAUGCCGGGUAUAGCAUUCUUGGAGCUGCAGAGGAAAUCCCCGAAGACCAAGCAAAGGCUCAAUUCGAAGUGAACUUCUGGGGAGCUAUUCGAGCGACCCAAUCCAUCCUGCCUCUAAUGAGAUCGCGCAAUUCCGGUACAAUCGUCAACAUCUCGAGUAUUGCUGGGAUCGACGCUCUUCCAACUUGUGCCAUUUAUGCGGGCAGCAAAUUCGCUCUCGAAGCAUGGUCGGAAUCCUUGUCCCGAGAGGUAGCUUCCCUUGGCUUGAGAGUGCUCAUUGUCGAACCUGGCGCUUUCAAGACAAACUUUUUAUCCAAAGAUGCAGCACUUGUCGUAGAGCCAAGCGAGGCUUACAAGUCAACUGCGGUCGGGUCUGUGCUCGAAAAGCUCCAUAAGCUCGAUGGCCAACAGCAGGGUGAUCCAGGCAAAGCGGCGCGGGUCAUCUUCGAACUUGUCACAAAUACUGGGGUUGGGGUGGGCAAGGAGAAUUUCCUGAGAGUGCCACUGGGCCCUGAUUGUUUUUCGAGGUUUACUGAAACCUGCCGUCGGCGACAGGAGAAUUUGGACGCCAUGGAGGAGAUCGCAAAGUCGACGAACGUGAACGCAUGA